AUGCAGAAACUCCAGCUGGAUCAGGGACACCCUCAGCAAGUGUUAAUCCCUGUUCCUGGUUUCAGGGUGGUGAAAUUUCGCCGCACCGGGGAGAGCUCCAGGUCGGAUGAGGAUGGAAUUUCAGGAGAGCACGAGGUGCAGAUUGAGGGGGUCAGGACAGAGCUAGAACCUGUGGAGCUGGAGGAUGGAGCUGCAGUGCCAAAGGAAUUUGCCAACCCCACAGAUGAUACUUUCAUGGUGGAAGAUGCGGUGGAAGCCAUUGGAUUUGGGAAGUUCCAGUGGAAGCUCUCUGUCAUCACCGGAUUAGCCUGGAUGGCAGAUGCCAUGGAAAUGAUGAUUUUAAGCAUCCUGGCUCCCCAGCUCCACUGUGAGUGGCGAUUGCCCAGCUGGCAGGUGGCUCUGCUCACCUCGGUGGUGUUUGUGGGAAUGAUGUCCAGCUCCACCCUCUGGGGAAACAUUUCAGACCAGUAUGGGAGAAAAACAGGCCUGAAGAUCAGCGUGUUAUGGACACUCUACUAUGGGAUCCUCAGUGGGUUUGCUCCUGUGUACAGCUGGAUCCUGGUGCUGAGGGGCCUGGUGGGAUUUGGGAUUGGAGGAGUGCCUCAGUCAGUAACUUUAUAUGCUGAGUUCCUUCCAAUGAAAGCCAGAGCAAAGUGCAUUUUAUUAAUAGAGGUGUUUUGGGCCCUUGGGACUGUGUUUGAGGUGCUCCUGGCAGUGCUGGUGAUGCCCACGCUGGGCUGGCGCUGGCUCCUCAUCCUCUCUGCCCUCCCGCUCCUGCUCUUCGCUGGCCUGUGCUUUUGGCUGCCAGAGAGUGCCAGGUAUGAUGUGUUGUCUGGGAACCAGGAGAAAGCACUUGCCACUUUGAAGAGGAUAGCAACAGAAAAUGGAGCUCCAAUGCCUCUGGGAAAACUGGUCAUUUCCAGACAGGAAGACCGAGGAAAAAUGAAGGACCUUUUCACCCCCCAUUUCAGAUGGACCACGUUGUUGCUCUGGUUUAUAUGGUUUUCCAAUGCCUUUUCAUAUUAUGGGUUAGUUUUAUUAACUACAGAGUUCUUCCAAGCAGGAGAUGUUUGCAGCAUAUCCAGCAGAAGGCAGGAAGUUAAAGCAAAGUGCAGCCUGACCUGUGAGUAUCUGACAGAGGAGGAUUACACAGACCUGCUCUGGACAACCCUGUCAGAAUUCCCUGGGGUGUUGGUGACACUCUGGAUCAUCGACCGGAUCGGCCGCAAGAAAACCAUGGCCCUGUCCUUCCUUGUCUUCUCAUUUUGCAGCCUCCUGCUGUUCCUCUGUGUUGGAAGGAAUGUUCUGACUGUGCUGCUCUUCAUUGCAAGAGCCUUUAUUUCAGGAGGAUUUCAGGCUGCUUAUGUUUACACUCCUGAGGUUUAUCCCACAGCCACACGUGCUUUGGGCCUGGGAACAUGCAGUGGAAUGGCAAGAGUGGGAGCCCUCAUAACCCCCUUCAUUGCACAGGUGAUGUUGGAAUCCUCAGUGUACCUGACCCUGGUGGUUUACAGCGGCUGCUGCCUCCUGGCCGCCCUGGCCUCCUGCUUCCUGCCCAUCGAGACGAAGGGCCGUGGCCUCCAGGAGUCCAGCCACAAGGAAUGGGGCCAGGAGAUGGUGGGGAGAGGAUCUCACUCCCCAGGGGAAUCACAGGAGUGAUGGCACAUGGAAAGAAUGAAUGACUGGAGCAAGAUUUCUCACAAAACCUCCGAGCCUGAAGCAUCGAAAGCUGAGCCUCGUCACUGCCAACGUCACGUGUCAAACUGCAGGAAUCUGGGGGUGAACCUCAGCAAAUUGUGUCUCUGCUGCUCUUUGCUCACACUCAUAGAAACUUUCCAUCUGUAUGGAGAGGGAUUUAAUCCAGACAUCCUCUGGAGUUUAGCAGGAAGGGUGUUUCUCUGUUGUGCUUGCAUGGUCAGCUCUUCAGCUUCAAACGUCCCGUGCCAAGCAAAUCACCAAGUGACUGCAGCCCAGCAUCAGCUGUAACUAAAUACUGAACUCUUGAGCCUAAAAACAAGAGGUUGAUAUUUAUUGUGUCCCUGGCCCUGCACAGGGUGGGUUCCACACACUACACUAGAAAUUACAUGCCUGCCUUGCACUUUUAACCAUCAAAAACACAACAAAAUGUGGUUGUGGCAAACCAACCUUUGCAGUUCCCCUGGUUGUGGGUUCUGUUCCUGGAGAUUUAACUGGGAAGGAUUGCUUGGAAAUGAAUUCCUGAAUGUUUCUCCCAUCCCAGCAGGUAGUUGGAACCCUGAGGGUGGUAUUUGCUGCAGAGCUGAAACCUUAUAUCACAAAUAUAAAUCAUAGAAUCAUUAAGGUUGGAAAAGACCUCCAAGAUCAUCAAGUCCAGCUUUUAAAUCCUCAUGAUUUGUAGCAGAAUUUGAGUUCUCUGACAUUGCCAGAAACCUUGAGCUCUCUGUCUUGCUUGGUGUGGGGAGGUGCUCACUGCUGUGGUUCUGUCCAUGGAUCCAGGUGUGCCCCUGCUCCGUUUACCUGAGCACCUUCCCACAGUGUAGCCAGAAUCUGAGUUGGAAGAGCUGCUGUUGGGAUGGAGCUGCUUCCAAGUGUCUCCCCAAAAAAGGUGGCCUCCUGACAGCUGGGCAGGACUUCUCCAGAGCUGCUGAUUGUACAUUGACUGGUGACAAAGGAAUGUAGCUGGAAUUGUGACAUAAAAGGAACAAAAGUCACAGGAAGAGCCAAACUGCAAUGACCCCUGGAUGAGGAACAUCCCUCCCUCAGGUGCAGCUCCUUGAGGUGAUGGUGCUAUUCUUGUCAGGGAAUGCCAUGGAGUUCAGGUGAGGACAAGCUCAGAAACCUGUCACUGGGCAGGAAAUCCCAUUGCAGAGCCUAUGGGAAUGUGUGAGGAUCUGAGACGUGCCUCCUCCAGUUCCCAGUGUAUUUUCAGGAUUCCAAAUUAUGGAACACAACGAAAUGUGAGGGAGAUGGACUCUGUGCUCGUCCUGGGAUGUGUUUUCAUAGUCUGUCUGAUCAGGUGUCUCACAUAAACACAGGUAAAUGUGCAGCACAUUUUUGCACAGUUGAAUAUUUUAGGUAUCCUGGGAAGCAGGUCCUGUUCCUGGGGGCAGGAAUAGGUCACUGAGCCCAUGUUUGGGGGCAGUACAAGUGAACACUGUUGGGCUCAGCUGUCACUGGGGGUCUCCCAGCACUGUGUGAUGCUCCACCAUGUGUCAGGCUCGUUGUUCAGAGACUGGAGGGAAAACAGAAGUGGAUAAUUCCUUAAAAAACCUGAGGAAACUCAGGCUAAGGAAGAAGGCCAAAGAGGUUGUUGGUGUUGUGUGUGUGGGUGUGUUCUCUGGGAACAGGCACAGUUUGCCAAGGCACCAGAGUGUCCAUCCAGUCCCCACUGGUGGCUCGGUGGAAGAUUCCGGGAGUGGUUGGUGUAAACAGGCAAAGUUGGCUUUUCCCAGCUACACAGAAAUGAAUUCAUCUCCCAGGGGAUCCCUGGGAUGAUGUGGGUGUCCAAUGGGGUUGGUUCUCUCUGUCCCCCCUGACCCUGUGUCCUGUGAGCUCAGGCUCCAGUUGAUCCCAGUAAACAGAAGGGCUCUCAUGGCACUGGCAACACCCACAACUCCUUUGUGUUCACCCCCUUCUGCCAGGCUGGGGUUGGGUCACUCUCCCAGGUGCUCC